AAUCGAUUAUACAUGCGGUUGGGAGCGGAGAAAACCUGCUCCCCUCGAUUCCCAUCCGCUCCGCGUAUCCCCGCCCACCUCAGCUCCUCCGCCGCCGCUCUGCUCCUUCCAACCUCAAACUCAAAGCCGGUGGCAAUCUCCGCGCCGCAAACCCUAGCCGCCGCCAUGGCCUUCCUCGCUCCCGCCGCCGCCGCCGCCUCCUCCAUCCGCGCCCCCGCCUACGUAGCCGCCGCCUCCUCCGGACGCCGCUCGGUGCUCCCCGCGGCCGUCAAAGCGACGGCCAGCUCCGGGUCCGGGUCCGGGUCCGCCACCUCUGCGCACCCCAUCCUCUCCUCCCUCCGCAUGGCCGCCUCCGCCGCCGUCCUCCUCGCCGCCACCUCCCCGGCCCUCGCGUGCACCCCCUCGGCGCCUCCGCCUCCACCCACUCCCCUGACGGCCGCGGCCGAGCCCGACGACCCCGUCCAGGACGCCCCCCUCCCGUUCGAGAAGCUCAUCAUCGAGACAGCCGCGCACGCGGGCGCCGGCGACGCGGAGGCUGCGCGCGCCCGCCUGUCCGCCGCCGGGGGAGGCGAGAGGUGCGCGCGCCUCCUCGCGGCGCAGGCGAUGUUCGUGGACGGCAAGGUAGACGAGGCGAUCGCGGCGUUCGAGGAGCUCGCGCGGGAGGACCCCGCCGACUACCGCCCUCUCUUCUCUCUGAGCGUGCUGUACCGCGCCCUGGGGAGGGAGGCGGAGGCCGAGUCCGCGCUCCAGCGCUGCCGCGAGGUCGGCUGCGACUGCGCCGCGCUAUUCGUGGAUCCCGCAGCGGUGGUCUUGCCGGCCGCUGUGCCUGCGGAGUCGGGUGCGGAGGAGGUAGAGCCAGAGCCGGCAAAGGUUUGACCACGUGACUUGACUUGGGAGUAGUAUGCUCCGGUGAUACGGAUUUAUUAGAGGGAAAAUUUACGUCAUUGCUGAUGAUUUUUGGGAUCUGAGUAAAGAUGUCCGUUUACAUGGCGGCUACAGUAAUAAAUUGAACCGCUCAUGAUACCUUCAAAAUGUUGCUGAUGGGCACUUCAUUUUUCAUUUUUGAGUGAUAAUAAUCACAUCGAUUGAAACCUUGGAUUUGGACGUGUGUGCGGAUUCCUCACCCCUGCUGGUGGUUAUUUCAGGGUCAUGAUUAAUUCGAUAAAUAUUUUAC